AGAAAGAAAUCGGUCAAUCUUCUCAGAGCUUCUGUGAGAUAUGCAUGGAGACAAAACCGGUGGAAGAGAUGUGUUCAGGAACAUGACUACCUGCCGCCACUCCUACUGUCGAGACUGUAUCGGCAAACAUGUGGCUUCAAAGAUUCAAGAAAACGCAAAACUGGUGAAGUGCCCCGAUCUCAAUUGUAAAACAGUGUUGGAGCCACACCACUGUCGCUCCGUCGUCCCUGAUGAAGUCCUCGUUCGCUGGUCGACCACCUUGUGCGAUUCUCUCAUACUUGGCUCUUCCAGGUUCUAUUGUCCUUUUAAGGACUGUUCAGGAGUGAUGCAAGUGGAUAACGAAGGAGAAGUUAUUAGGGCAUCCGAAUGCCCCUAUUGCCGUAGAUUGUUCUGCGCUCACUGCAAGGUUCCAUGGCACUCUGAAAUCUCUUGCGAGGAGUUCCAGAGGUUGGACAAAAACGACACUACCAGACAAGAUUUAAUGGCUGUUGAACUCGCUAAGAAGCUCAGGUGGAAGAGAUGUCCACAGUGCAGCUUCUUUGUUGAGAAGAGAGAUGGUUGUCUUCAUAUUACUUGCAGGUGUGGGUUUGAAUUCUGUUAUCGAUGCGGAUCGACAUGGACUGAAACUCAUGGUAGUUGCGAAGAGAGUGAAGUCUGAAGGCAUCAA